AUGCAGCAGCCGGGCGGCGCGGACGGGAGCCUCCCGCUGCUGCUCCCGCUGCUGCUGCUGCUGCGGGCGGGCAGCCGCGCCGAGCCCGGGGACGCCACGCAAGGAGUGAAUUCCUCGGUUGUUGCUGAUUUCAUGCCCACAUCGUCAUGGAACAUCUCGAGUGAAUUAGACAAAGAUUAUUUCCUGACGCUGGACGAACCCAUGAACAACAUCACCACCACGCUGGGCCAGACGGCGGAGCUGCACUGCAAGGUCUCUGGGAACCCCCCUCCCACGGUCAGGUGGCUGAAGAACGACGCUCCCGUGGUGCAGGAGCCCCGCAGGAUCUCCUUCCGAGCCACCCCCUACGGCUCCCGCCUGCGCAUCCGCAACCUGGACACCACCGACACCGGCUACUUCCAGUGCGUGGCCACCAACGGCAGGAGGACGGUCUCCACCACCGGGGUGCUCUUUGUGAAGUUUGGUCCCCCGCCAACAGCAAGCCCAGGAUCCUCGGAUGAGUACGAGGAGGAUGGGUUUUGCCAGCCUUACAGGGGCAUCGCCUGCGCCCGCUUCAUCGGCAACAGAACCAUCUACAUGGAGUCCUUGCACAUGCAGGGGGAAAUAGAAAAUCAGAUCACAGCCGCCUUCACCAUGAUCGGCACCUCCAGCCACCUGUCGGACAAGUGCUCACAGUUUGCCAUCCCGUCCCUGUGCCACUACGCCUUCCCCUACUGCGACGAGACCGCCUCCGCUCCCAAACCUCGGGAUCUGUGCCGGGACGAGUGCGAGAUCCUGGAGAACGUCCUGUGCCAGACCGAGUACAUCUUCGCCAGGUCCAACCCCAUGAUCCUGAUGAGGUUGAAGCUGCCCAACUGCGAAGAUCUGCCCCAGCCCGACAGCCCCGAGGCUGUCAACUGUAUCCGCAUCGGGAUUCCCAUGGCCGAUCCCAUCAAUAAAAAUCACAGGUGCUACAACAGCACGGGCGUGGAUUACCGCGGCACGGUGAGCGUGACGCGCUCGGGGCGGCAGUGCCAGCCCUGGAACUCGCAGUACCCCCACACCCACACCUUCACCGCUGCCAGGUACCCCGAGCUCAACGGGGGCCACUCCUACUGCAGGAACCCCGGCAACCAGAAGGACGCCCCGUGGUGCUUCACCUUGGACGAGAACUUCAAGUCGGAGCUCUGCGAUGUGCCAGCCUGCGAUUACAAGGAUUCCAAGGAAAAGAAUAAAAUGGAAAUCCUGUACAUCCUGGUGCCGAGUGUCACCAUUCCCCUGGCCAUAGCCCUGCUCUUCUUCUUCAUCUGCAUCUGUCGCAACAACCAGAAAUCCUCGUCCCCUCCAGUGCAGAGGCAGCCGAAACACGUCCGGGGGCAGAACGUGGAGAUGUCCAUGCUCAACGCCUACAAACCAAAGAGCAAAGCCAAGGAGCUGCCCCUCUCCGCCGUCCGCUUCAUGGAGGAGCUGGGGGAGUGCGCUUUCGGGAAGAUCUACAAGGGCCACCUCUACCUGCCGGGCAUGGACCACGCCCAGCUGGUGGCCAUCAAGACCCUCAAGGACUUCAACAACCCGCAGCAGUGGGCGGAAUUCCAGCAGGAAGCGUCGCUGAUGGCCGAGCUGCACCACCCCAACAUCGUGUGCCUGCUGGGCGUGGUGACGCAGGAGCAGCCCGUGUGCCUGCUCUUCGAGUACACCAACCAGGGCGACUUGCACGAGUUCCUGGUCAUGCGCUCGCCCCACUCCGACGUCGGCUGCAGCAGCGACGAGGACGGCACCGUCAAAUCCAGCCUGGACCACGGCGACUUCCUGCACAUCGCCGUGCAGAUCGCGGCCGGCAUGGAGUACCUGGCCGGACACUUCUUCGUCCACAAGGACCUGGCGGCCCGCAACAUCCUGAUCGGGGAGCAGCUCCACGUGAAGAUCUCCGACCUGGGGCUCUCCAGGGAGAUCUACUCGGCCGAUUAUUACAGGGUGCAGAACAAGUCGCUGCUGCCCAUCCGCUGGAUGCCCCCCGAGGCCAUCAUGUACGGCAAGUUCUCCUCCGACUCCGACAUUUGGUCCUUCGGGGUGGUUUUGUGGGAAAUAUUCAGCUUCGGCCUCCAGCCCUAUUACGGCUUCAGCAACCAGGAGGUGAUCGAGAUGAUCCGGAAGCGCCAGCUGCUGCCGUGCUCCGAGGACUGUCCCCCCAGGAUGUACAGCCUGAUGACGGAGUGCUGGCACGACCUGCCCUCCCGCAGGCCGCGCUUCAAGGAGAUCCACGCCCGCCUGCGCUCCUGGGAGGGCCUCUCCAGCCACACCAGCUCCACCACGCCCUCGGGGGGCAACGCCACCACGCAGACCACCUCGCUGAGCGCCAGCCCCGUCAGCAACCUCAGCAACCCCAGGUACCCCAACUACAUGUUCCCGGCGCAGGGGAUCCCGCAGGGGCAGCUGGCGGGGUUCAUGGGGCCGCCCCUGGCUCAGAACCAGCGCUACAUCCCCAUCAACGGCUACCCCAUCCCGCCGGGAUACGCCGCCUUCCCCGCGCCCCACUACCCCCCGCAGGCUCCCCCCAGGGUGAUCCAGCACUGUCCCCCUCCCAAGAGCCGCUCGCCCAGCAGCGCCAGCGGCUCCACCAGCACGGGCCACGUCACCAGCUUGCCGUCGUCGGGGUCCAACCAGGAAGCCAACAUUCCCUUGCUGUCCCACGUGGCCAUUCCCAGCCACCCGGCGGGCAUGGGGAUGGCGGUGUUCGGCGGGAAAACUCAAAAACCCUACAAAAUUGACUCCAAGCAGUCGUCCCUGCUGGGGGACUCCAGCGUGCACGGACCCAACGACUCGGUGAUUUCGGCGGAGCUGUAAAUAGGCGAGGCUUUUGUACAUAGAGCUCUUGGGGCGCGGACUCGGGAAGGGGCAGGAGAGA